GUGAGUUCUGCGUCUGGGUUGUGGAACACAGAAUGGGCUGAACUGGAACCGACCCAACCGGCAGCCAAAGGAGCCGUCCAGCAUGCUGUGCCCACCCCAGGCUGAGGCACACUGACCAUGAGCCUCAACUCCUCCCUCGGCCACAGGAAGGAGCUGAGCGACCUCCCCGCGGAGGAGAGCGGGCCAGGGGGCAGCGGUGUCCCCGAGUUCGUGGCCAUCGUGGUCAUCGCCGUGUUCGUCUGCCUGGGCAACCUGGUCGUCGUGGUCACCCUGUACAAGAAGUCCUACCUCCUCACCCUCAGCAACAAGUUCGUCUUCAGCCUGACGCUGUCCAACUUCCUGCUGUCGGUGCUGGUGCUGCCCUUCGUGGUGACGAGCUCCGUCCGCAGGGAAUGGAUCUUCGGGGUCGUGUGGUGCAACUUCUCCGCCCUGCUGUACCUGCUCAUCAGCUCGGCCAGCAUGCUCACCCUCGGGGUCAUCGCCAUCGACCGCUAUUAUGCCGUCCUGUACCCCAUGGUGUACCCCAUGAAGAUCACGGGCAACAGGGCCGUGCUGGCGCUGGUCUACGUCUGGCUGCACUCCCUGGUCGGCUGCCUGCCCCCGCUGUUCGGGUGGUCGUCGGUGGAGUUUGACGAGUUCAAGUGGAUGUGCGUGGCCGCCUGGCACCGGGAGCCCGGCUACACUGCCUUCUGGCAGAUCUGGUGCGCGCUGUUCCCCUUUCUGGUCAUGCUGGUGUGCUACGGCUUCAUCUUCCGCGUGGCCAGGGUCAAGGCGCGCAAGGUGCACUGUGGCACGGUGGUCAUCAUGGAGGAGGACGCCCGCAGGGGCGGGAGGAAGAACUCCAGCACCUCCACUUCCUCCUCGGGCAGCAGGAGGAGCGCCUUCCAGGGAGUGGCCUACUCGGCCAACCAGUGCAAGGCCCUCGUCACCAUCCUGGUGGUCAUCGGUGCCUUCAUGGUCACCUGGGGCCCCUACAUGGUCGUCAUCACCUCCGAGGCCCUCUGGGGGAAGAACUAUGUCUCCCCAGCCCUGGAGACCUGGGCCACCUGGCUGUCCUUUACCAGUGCUGUCUGUCACCCCCUGAUCUAUGGACUCUGGAACAAGACUGUCCGCAAGGAGCUCCUGGGCAUGUGCUUUGGGGACCGGUACUACCGGGAGCCGUUCGUCCAGCGGCAGAGGACCUCAAGGCUCUUCAGCAUUUCCAACAGGAUCACAGACCUGGGCCUGUCCCCACACCUCACGGCACUCAUGGCAGGAGGCCAGCCCCUGGGACACAGCAGCAGCACAGGCGACACUGGCUUCAGCUGCUCCCGGGACUCGGGGACAGACGUGAUGCUGCUGGAAGACUGUGCGUCUGAGGACACCCCGCCCGCCCACUGCACCUGCCCGCCCAAGAGGAGGAGCUCGGUGACAUUUGAGGAUGAAGUGGAGCAAAUCAAAGAAGCUGCCCGGAACUCUGUCCUCCAUGUGAAAGCCGAAGUACACAAGUCCUUGGACAGCUAUGCAGCCAGCUUGGCUAGAGCCAUUGAGGCUGAGGCCAAAAUCAACUUAUUUGGGGAGGAGGCUUUGCCGGGUGUCUUAUUUUCAGCACGAACUGUCCCAGGGGCUGGUCCCGGGGGUCGCCGAGGCAGCAGGGCUCUUGCGAGUCAGCGGCUGCAGCUGCAGAGCAUUGAAGAGGGGAACAUUUUAGCUGCAGAAGAGAGAUGAGGGCCCCAGGAAGGGCUGGGCUGGAUGGAGCCAGGGGUGCUGGCCUUCACGGAGUCCCCCGCCAUCUGUGCCAGGGCCUGGGACAUGUCAUCACGCUCAGGGAAGGAAGCACCUGGUGUGCAGCUGCGGAGGGACUGAAAACGAUG